AUGUCUGACGAGGACUUCUAUUCGGAAGAGUCGUAUGAAUUCGAGUUUGAGGAUGGUGAUGAAGAUGACAACGACGUGCCGGUGUCGGAUAUGGACGAGGACUAUGCCGUCGAGAACAAAUACUACAGCGCGAAGGGGUUAAAGUACGACGACCCCGAUCAAGCGGUGCAAGGGCUUGAACUGAUCGUGUCCCUGGCGAAAAAUGACGACCCCGAGGCCAGAGAGUGGGUAUUUAAGUCGUGCAAACAGAUCAUGAAAAUUCAAUUUGAUCAAGGGGUUUACGACAAAGUGCUCAACAGUGUCGAUCUCAUCCUCGAUAUAGGUACCAAAUUACCCCCUAACUAUUUUGAGGAGCUGUUGUCAAAAAUGAUUACUAAGUACACAUCUGACGAAAAUACACCCGUGGAAUUUGUCAAUGCCUUUAUCGACAAGAUCCUCGCAUUUGUCAUUGCUGAAAACUGUUUCACCCGCAUCUGGUUCAAAGCCAACUUGACUAAGCUUGACCGUAUUGAUCCUGGUGAUCCCGAUGCUUGGAAGCCAAUGGUCAAACUCAUCAAUGAACGGUUGGACUCGAUCCCUGAUGGAUCGUCGACCUCAUAUGCCCUCCAAUUGAUGGCGGCUGAAGUGGAGUUGUACUCUCAGCAAGCGAACGUCGAUUUGUCGGUACUCUCUGAUCUCUACCAGAGAUCUCUCACAAUCAAUACCGCAGUGGCCCACCCCAAAAUCAUCGGGGUGUUACGGGAGGCGGGGGCACGAGUGCUGUUUUACCGUGGUAACUUUGAAAAGGCUCGCUUGUUAUUUUACGAAUGUUUCAACAACUACGAUGAAGUUGGGUCAACGAAAAAGAGAACAGUGUUGAAGUAUUUGGCUUUAAGUGCCAUGCUUUCUGACAACGAGUUUAAUCCUUUCGAAUCGCAAGAAACUCAAGCAUAUUCACAGUUGGAUGAGUACAGUGGAUUGAUGGCAAUGAUUGAUGCCUAUGACUCCGCAGAUAUCGAGACAUACAAGCGUGUGGUGUCUAACAUGGCAAAAGAAAAUGACCCCUUGGCAAGCGAUCCGAUAUUUCAGUUUGCCAAUUCUCGCAUUCUUGAUAACUUGAUUGCCAAGACUCUUAUCAAUCUCACCAAAACAUACAAGCUGGUUCUGUAUGAAACUGUGUGCGCACGCUGUCAUUUAAGCAAUGAUCGUUUGCAAGAACUCGUAUUGGAAUUAGUAACUGCUGGGAAGCUCACCAAUACCAAGCUUGAUUUUGUGAACCGCUCGUUGAUUACUGAGGAUUCACCGGCGCUGAUCUUUGAGCCUACGUCCAACGGUAAGUCAAUUUACGGCAAUCUUCAAGUGAUCAAUCUGUUCGAUUUGUCUUCAUUAUUACCUCCACGUGUCAAUGGAGGCACAUCAACCAUUACGGAGCCGGACUCCGCCAAUUCAGAACCCUCGACAACUUCUGUGACUUCGCUCAUCUACAGUGGUCACGAACGACCCCAAUCGAAAAGCGAAUGGGUGGUUGCAGCUGACCAAUGGUGUCUGCAUCUUCGAAGCGCCCUUCCUGUACCCAUCAAAUACGAAAUGAGCCAGAAAGACAAGGUGAUUUCCAUCCAGAAACAAGAACUUAAGGGUGACACUCCUGAGACGGGGAGUGCAUUGAUACAACCCCAAGAGGAAGAAAACGACAAUCAAACCAUGUUGGUUGAUAAGGUCACCAAGUCCGACAUGUUACUUCGUUGGGCUGAUGAAAUCAACGCGAAAUUGGCACAGUUGUCCAUCCCUUAG